AAUUUAAAUCAUGGGUUGUGGAAGUUCAACUGGAUCAGAUGGAAAAAUCUGCAUGAAAAAAACUAAGCUACCAGCUGUAGAUGAGUUCUUUGAUGAUGUUCAAGGAUUGUGUGACGAAGUCUAUUCAAUCCAAGACCCCAUUGAGGAAGCAGAACAGAAGCUCUUAUGGGAUGCUGACUUUAAGGAUACAGAUGGAGCAAAUGUUAAACAUGCCGUUGUUGGAAUUGUAUUUAAUGUAGCAGCGAAGGGAAACUUAGACAACAUUGACAGAUUUGUAAAGAUAACAGAUAAGGCUCCAUUUAUUGCUCUUGAUGCUAGCUCUGCAGCUUCUGAUGUCAAAAAUUGCAUUGAUGCAGCCAACAACUACAUCAAUAGUGUCAUUUCAGCUAAAGACAAAAUAGAACCUCUGUGUGACAAAGCGAAGGAUUUUGCCGAGAAAGCUCCAGAGCUCCCAGGAAAAGCUAAGGACGAACUUGGAAAGGCAGCUGGACUAGGUACCAUGGACAAAAUCAGAGCAGUUAGGAACUGCACUGGUAAUGUAAGAGCUAUCGCUAAGCUUCCUACAGUUGUCACUGGUCUUAAAGAUUGUGUAAUGGAGUCCAUUUCUAACAUCCAAGGUGCAGUCAAAGAGAUUAAUGCUAAGAAGGCUAAGCUCAAUGACAUCGGUAAAAAGUGCAGCAGCAAGGGUCUUGAGACUCCAAUGGCUUGCUACCAAGAAUGUGGAGAUCCAAUUGCUAAGACAGGCAAAAAACCCGGAGCCAAAGGAGGAAAGAAGCCAAAGAAAUAAGACAUCUUUCAUUUAAAUUUUAUUCUGAAUUACAUCUUAUGUU